AUGGCCAAACCCCUCUUUGUUACCACUACAGCACUCGAGGCAAUUGUCUAUCUCUUCUUGAUUGCCAUGACUCUCUCCUAUGCCAACUCAGCAAGAAUCCUUAAUGAGGUGGAGCCGGAAAAUCCUGCUGUUGUUGGCCCUCCUGUGACAACAACAGUCACAUCUCCUUCGACUACGUUACCAAGUGGCCACGUCCAAGCGACCACUCCCACCAAAGGUGAAGAUGACGAAGCAGACCCUCCACUUCCUGAUGAAACUGAAGUCCCUGACACUACUGUCGCAGCACCAGUUGCUGAUGCGGUAACACCUGUUGAUGAUGUUGCAACACCAGUGACUCCUCCGGUCACAGUGGCAGCACCAGUUGCUGAUGCGGUAACACCUGUUGAUGAUGUUGCAACACCAGUGACUCCUCCAGUCACAGUGGCAGCACCAGUUGCUGAUGAUGCGGUAACACCUGUUGAUGAUGUUGCAACACCAGUAACUCCAGUCACAGUGGCAGCACCAUCACCUGCAGGUCCCGUCACCACCACCACGCCACCAAGUGGGCCGGCCCCUGUCGUGUCCACAAGUGCCACCGUACCAAAACCUGCUGGCCCACAAACCACCACCGCCACCACUUCUCCUCCGUUGUCCUUCUUCAUGCAUGACAUCCUAGGAGGAUCCCACCCUUCAAAUAGGAUCGUUGCCGGGAUCAUCGCCCGCACUGAGAUCAAUGGCAUUCCUUUCUCUCAGCCAAACAACAACUUUUUCCCACUCCAAGGUGGGACACCACUAGCCAACAUUAACAACCUUAACAACCUCAUAAACCCAAACAAUGCUCCACUCCUCACAGGCCUAACUGGUACCCAAACCAACUCAUUACUACAAAACACAGGGAACAACAACAAUGUUGACAAUGGCAACAACCAGCCUUUUGUCACCGCUGGCAAUCUCCCAGCAGGGUCCGCAUUACAAGAACUCAUGUUUGGUUCGAUCACAGUCGUUGAUGAUGAAUUAACAGAAGGACAUGAGUUGGGGUCUGCUGUGAUUGGGAAGGCACAGGGAUUUUACUUAGCUAGUUCCUUGGAUGGUACUAGCCAUACAAUGGCAUUUACAGUGUUAUUACACGGUGGAGAAAAUCAUGGUGAUGUUGAAGAUACUAUUAGUUUCUUUGGGGUACACAGGACAGCAACACCUGAUUCACAGGUUGCAGUGAUUGGUGGCACCGGAAAGUAUGACAAUGCAAAAGGGUAUGCUACUGUUGAGACUCUUCCACAGGUGGAUCAGCACACAACUGAUGGUGUGGAGACUAUAAUGCAUUUCAAUGUUUACCUCUCUUAG